AUGAAUCGUUACUCAAACUUAUAUCUAUACCUAUACAUCGUGUACCAUCUCGGAGGGGAUGUAAUUGGAGGUUGUCCUUCCAGCAGCUGUUCAUGCUAUGAGAAACAUUGGGCAAGAGAUAUGACAGAUUCCCUCUCAAGAGGCCUCAUGACUCAAUGUCAAGGUCAGGGCCCAGUGGAAGCUGCAACAGGGACCUACGCAAGUCUCUCAGAUUGUGACCAGGCAUGCACGAACGAUGGCAAUUGUACAUCAUACAAUUACAACUUCAAAACAUUGCAAUGUGAUGGUUGGUCACACGUGUCUUGCACUACAAAUACCAGCCUUGAUGAGUUCAAUUAUUGGUUCUUUGCAAAUACGCAAAAUAACAAGGGUGUCUCCUAUUACGACCCAUACGAGACAUGUUACUGGAUAUCUGAGCCCUCAGAUACCAGGACAUAUACCGAUGCUCAAAAUCAAUGCGAAACAUUGGGCGGACAGCUUGCCGAAAUCGAUAUCGAGGAUGAAAAUAUAUUUUUGCAACAUAAUCCACCUCCAAAUUCUAAUGGGUAUGUGUGGAUUGGUCUCUCCAAUGAUCCAACCAUUCAUGGAAGUCUUGGGUGGAAUAAUGGAACAGCCCCGGAAUUUGAGAACUGGGCAUUGGCUCAAAACCCUCUUGAAAACUACUGUGUGAAGGCGGAUACGAAUGAUGGCUUUAAAUGGUCCCUCGAAACUUGUUCCAUGGCACUGCAAUAUAUGUGCGAGAAAACAGAAGGUCAAUGUCAUUUGCUUGAUGAAGUACCUAAACAAAUCACAUCUACUACACAUAGGCAAGCAAGCAUAGACAAGCCCUACUCUUGUUCUAGAUCGUGUUAUCUGGAUUCUGAAUGCUCGUUUGCAAUGUUUGAUGGAUUGUAUUAUACAUGCGAUUUCGUCAACUUUGGUGAUACUUCUAUAACGCUUGCUAACGCAACCAUAUUGGAAAUUGUAUUUGAAAAGGUUUGUCCAGACACAUCAAACACAACUGAAACCACUCCAUCGACUCAAAGUAGCACCACUUCUCAAAAUAGCUCCACAUCUCCAACUAGCCCCACAUCUCAAAGCACGCCUACCACUCCCUCAACCCAAACGACACCUACAACUCCAACCGACGCGCCGGUGUUUUGCCAAGACCCGGAUGCUAUCAAUGCAGGCGUGGUAUCUGCGCAACAACAAUACACAGCCGGUACCAUCAUACAGCUAGAAUGUUUGAACAUGUUUUCUAAAGAAGGAGGUUUUGAAGAAAUCGAAUGCCAAUCUGAUGGUUCCUGGUCUGAAGAACCUCUGAAGUGCCAACCCGAAGAAUUUACAUGUGACUUUGAGUCAGAUAUCUGUGGACUCACAGAGCAGAAUGGUGUCACAGAAUGGCAUAGGAAAAGUGGUGAAACUGAAAAAUGGGAUAAAACGGGCACUGAUACUGACCAUACCUAUGGUAUAGAAAGUGGCUUCUACAUGUGGUACAGAAGGAAAGACCAUUCCGAUAAGUAUGACAUAGCACGCAUGCUUACUCAAGUAAACUGGGAUGGUCAGGAGCCUACUCUCUUCUGUAUGGAUUUCUGGUACCGACUGUUUGGAAGAACGGACCAGGCCAGUGUAUUGAAUGUGUAUGUCGUUGAUAGUUCUGGUAAUGAGGACAUGGUCUGGGGCGACUCAAAAGACACUAACGAAGAAUGGCAGUUCAAAACACUUAUGCUUGGAGCCCGUAAUUCAUUCAGAAUAAUGUUUGAGGGUAGAGGAGGCAAACAUAAUGAAGAAGGAGAUAUUGUAGUAGAUGAUAUUAGAAUAUAUGGCUGCAAUUCCGACCCAGUUGCUACCGUGAGCUGGCCAUGCACAUUUGAAGAUGGCAGUCUAUGCAUGUUUAAACACGACCCGGAUGAUGACCUUGACUGGCGCAUACAUCAUGGUGAAACGCCUACACAUGAUACUGGGCCAUAUACGGACCAUACACUUCAAACUAAUGUUGGACAGUAUUUAUAUAUGGAAGCAUCUCCACCCGCAAGUGAAGGCGAUGUUGCAAGACUUGUGUCAUACGUGCAGCAGCCUCAUUCCGAGUCCCGGAUGUGCUUCAGAGUAUAUUACUCGGCGAAUGGUGACGAUAUUGGCAGUUUGGCUCUCAAAACCUAUUACCCAGAUGAUCCCAAUCCAACGGAGCAUGGUGAGCAGUAUCGAAGCAACAGCUUUUCUGGUUGGUCUCCACUUAAGGUAACACUGGACAUGUUUAAGCCUGUACAGAUUAUCAUACAAGCCACACGUGGACAAGGGGAAGAGAGUGACAUUGCAGUAGACGACGCCGAUUUAUUUGACUAUCCAUGUGACUGUAUAGAUUAUUGCAACAAUGGAGGAACGUGUAAAGAUUCCGUUGACCACAUAUCAAAGUACUGCGUUUGUAUGGAAGGAUUUACUGGGACGAGAUGCGAAACAUCUAUGCCCUGUGGAGAGGCCCCCGAGGCACCAUCUGCGUCAAUGAGCUAUAGCAACCAAUAUGAGAGGGCAUACUAUAGUUGUCACCAAGGGUUUCAAAUAGAGGGAUCAAAUCAGCUCGAUUGCUCAGGAAAUGAAUGGCCCCAACAAGUUCCGUUUACAUGCAAUGUAAAAGUUUGUGGACAACCCAAUAAAUUUGUUCAGCAGUAUACUGAGUAUACAGGAACCAACUUUACAUACUCCAGUAGUGUCUUUCUCAACUGCAAGCCUGGUUAUGAGUAUUGGUAUGGGGACACCGUCAGGACAUGCAACCAAUAUCAACAAUGGGAUGGAGCAUACUACAAUUGUAAAGUGUGUAGAGCAGGGAAUGAUAAUCCGACAUAUGAAUUUUCAAAUAAAUACCGAGUUGCAACGAUUCACCCUGGUCAUGAGUUUAAUUGCACUGGUCAGCUAGACCGAGUGCAAUAUUAUGCAAGCAACACCGGGCGUUUCUUUGCAACAAUUUGGCGGCCAGAAGAUAGCAACUAUAGACUAGUGUGGAAAUAUGAAAUAGAGGCACUGCAAACUGGGUCUCAAAGUGAGAUAAUUCCAGCAAACGCCAGUUUGUCGAUACAAACCGGUGAUGUAAUUGGUUACCACUAUGACGCAAGCAACUCACCGAUCAUCAUAUCGCUUAAUAAACCAAGUGAAAUUGAAUGCUGGUUUGAGCUCUCAUUGAAUGAUGCAGCUCUUCCCCUUGGCUAUGUUGCUAGUAAUCCCGAAUGGGCAGUCAAUGUUGGUACACCAGCCCUGAAAGCAUUUGCGAAGCCAUUUUCAUGUGACAGAGCAGAAGCCAUUACCAAUGGGGACAGAAACAAUUAUAUGCAAUCACCACCUGUCGGUAGUAUCGUUAUAUAUACGUGCCGUUCUGGUUUCCGACAUGUGAUGGGGAAUCUCACUAGACAUUGCCUUAUGAGUAGUUAUCUACCGUCAUGGUCAGGUUCUUUACCAACGUGUGAAGGUUGCCCUGAGCUUAAUAACAUCAACAACGGAACAGUCCAUGCUUCGUAUUUUGGUGUAUGGGGGACAGCUAAUUAUAAUUGUGAUGAUGGGUUCCGAAUUCGAUCCCCAUACACAUCUCAGAGGACAUGCCAACAAGACUUUACUUGGUCGAAUCAAGAGCCAAAAUGUGAAAACAUUGACUGCUAUGACCCCACUCCUGUUCCAAAUUCGGACAUAGCAGGACCAAACCCAAACACUAGAGAGGGAGCGACUGUCCAGUAUAAUUGCAACGUAGGCUAUCUUCACUUAGAAGGUGAUCUGAGCCGGACUUGUACAUUUGAUGAGCAGACCCGUUUCAUGCUGUGGUCGGGUCGUACGCCAGUUUGUGGUUUGCCGUUACACCCCGUUGCGUUGUGGCCAUUGGUUGCUAAAACAAACCUUGAUGACGUCAGCGGUUACGCCAACCCGGCUACGAUAACUCCUUCCACACCAGAUUUUGUAAAUUCAGAAAUGAUGGAUAGUGAUGUAUAUAAUUUUGAUGGGAACUCUAUCAUUGAUUUUACAAUCAGUAAUUCGAUUAAUUCGUUUACUCUCAUGUUUAGCACAAAAGUAAUAGAAGAUAGUUUAUCAUUUAAAUUUAUAUCAACAACGCUUCCGGAUCCCGUGUCGUAUCUGUCAUUUACACCAACGAAUUUAGGAGGUCAAACUUACAUAACCUUCAGCCAUGGAGACCCUCUGCUUGCGUCUACUUUUUCUUGGAAUGGAGAUGCCAAUAACUGGAUCCGGUUUGCGUUGUCUUAUGAUGGGAAUGAUAACACGCUGACAAUCUACAUCAAUGGUGUAAGCCAGGUGGAAGAGACACUGGAGUGGAAUAUCGAAGGAACCAUACAAAUAAGAAAAGACACGACUGCUGCUUCAGAAGGAUUCAAAGGUUAUCUAGCUUGCGUCCAGGUUUUCGAUACAGCUUUGUCGGAAACUGCAAUACCGUAUGCCGAAACUCUAUGUUCCUCAUAUCAAUACUGCAGUCCGCCGAACUUGAACGUGGAUUUCGGUUACUUCGGUUAUAUUGAUGACGUAUGGUACAAUAAAACCCCAACUGUGUUUUGUGAAAACGCGUAUGAAUUGGUGGAACCCACAAACAAUCAGAUGAUAUGUGGACCAAAUAAAACAUACAUUGGUGAAAAUGUUGGCUACUGUAAAGAUGCGCCAGGUGAACUCCGUAUUAUAGGAAGCAAAUAUACAACUGGCGCUAAGGGGAUGCUGGAGAUGUUAUAUCUCGGUUCUAAUUGGUUGCCGAUCUGCCGAGAUGCGGUCUUUGAUUGGCGGGCAGCGGACGUUGCUUGCAAGCAGCUCGGGUACGACGAUGGCUUUAUACUUCAGCCUCAACAACAUACGCACAGACAGGUUUACAUAGAGCGUUUUUCUAAUAUGGUAUGCGAUGGUUCAGAAAGAGGUCUGAGGUACUGCAGUUGGUCUUAUGGCAACAACUGUUCUCCAAACGACCAACAAUAUCCGUAUAUAGGACUACAGUGUACUAACGAAACGCUGGAUUGCAGUGAAGGAACGGCACCUGAAGGGAAAACUUGGCAGAAAUAUGAAGAAAGAUGCUUCCUCGUUAAUGAAGAAUCGUCGACUUUUGAUGAAGCAAGAUCACAAUGCGAAAACACAUAUGGAGGACAUCUAGCUGUACUUAGGGAAGCAGAUGUAAACCAAUUUGUUGCUGAAGCAUCAACUGUGAAUCCCGACAACAUAGACAACAAAUACUGGAUAGGGUUACAAGUUGAUGCCAGUGGUGCAUUAGUUUGGGCGAAUGGCGAAUCAAUGGGAAAUUUUUUCAAUAUGGAUCCAGAUGACUUUACUAGCCUCAGUGACCCUGACACUUGUGGCGUUUUAUCUUCCACACUCUGGUCGCUCGAUGAGCAAUGUACAAGUAAUGUGGAUGGAUAUAUAUGUGAGAGAACUGCUUCAAUAAGAAAUAUACCUUAUGUUCCAGACCGUAAGGAAUGUAGAGAUAAUAGCACAGGUUUUGACUACACAGGAACUUUAAAUGUAACACAGACGGGUGAAUCUUGUACAUAUAGAUGGGACGAUCUGCUAGCCUCCUUCGACAAUAUUAGCCAUAGUUUAUUUCCAGACCGAACAGUAAAUGAGGCAUCGAAUUUUUGUCGUCAGAUUACGGGAGAUGUAUUGAGUGUACCAAACUGUGUAACGCAGUUAGAUUAUUCGCUUUCGCCACCAAAGCCAGUGUUUUCUCCAUGCGCAGUGCAGUAUUGCUCAGGUUGUUACUACUUACCAUCCGUUGCACAAGCUGACGUGUCUCAAAAAAUAGAGAAUACCACUGUACCGUUUAAUAAUGACAUUACAACUGCACCAAAUAUGACGUGUAAUCAAUAUUAUGCAAUGGAAGAUGAAACAGAUUUCUUAAUUUGUAAAGAGGAUUACAGCUGGGUGAGCCAUUCAAACACCAGCCUUGACAGCAUCUGUAAGUUCGUAGGUAGUUGUCACCCACAGCCAUGUCAAAAUGACGGUAAUUGUACGUCACACUACCAGACCCCUUCUAUCUACGCAUGUACAUGCUUUCCCGGAUAUACUGGUGUCAACUGCGAAACAGAUAUUGAUGAGUGUUCCAGUUCCCCAUGCCAAAAUGGUGGAACGUGUAAUAACCUGCUUGCGCAAUUUACUUGUGACUGUCCCAUUUACACGAAUGGUAGUUUAUGUGAAACGUCAUAUGAGGCAGCUGGUUACAAGCGCAGUGAAGAACGCCAGGAUUGCUCCGGCUCCGAUAUGCCCGGUUACAAUGGUGGAGUUCCCCAUACAUUUGACGAGUGUGUUGACUUAUGCAACAUUGAAUCUCAAUGUUUGGGAUUCCUUUUUGAGUUCAUUGAUGGUUCUGUCACAGAGACGAAAUGCUGGCUUAAAAGUGUUGCAUGUAUAACAACAACCCCAACCCAACGUCCACUUGUGUACUAUGUAAAGGCUAAGCGGAGUUGUUAUGAAUGGCAUCUUCAGGGCUACAUUGAUGACCAGAUAUAUGUUAUAGACCCAGAUGGAGAUGGUAUUUUAGAACCGUUUCGGGUUAUGUGUACCAAUAUGGAAAUGGUUGGAGGAACAGCGCCUAUUGCAAAAGUAACGCCAACAAAUGAUAUAUUUUCCGUUCCCGUAACUUCAAGUCAAACAGUAAUUGACCAUGUCAUUAGUUAUGAUGACAUCACAAUCGACCAAUUAAGAGCGUUAGUAGAAAAUUCGGAAACAUGUCAACAAGAGAUGCUUUUCUAUUGUUCCGAUAUUGUGAUAUGGGAUACUUCUGACACACAGAGGGUAUGGUGGAUAUCCCAUGAUUCUCGGCAAAUGAGCUAUUGGGGUAAUGGCUCGCCACAGAAUAAUACUUGCGGUUGUGGAUUAGAUGAUAGUUGUCCAGGCGGCGGAAAAUGCAAGUGUGAUAAUUCUUCUGGUGUUCGGUAUGUUGAAUCUGGGGCUGUGCAGAACAAUGACGAUCUCCCAGUGUCUGGUUUUCAUGUAGAAAUUAUCUCGCCGACAUCGCAAACCAUAAUACCUUAUGAGGUGACCCUCAAAGGGGGCAGGGGUUUCCCCUGGUGGGGGUUGGUGAUGUUAAAAGGACGCCCUGAGUAUGACCUAAAUGGUGAAAACAAGCAGUUAUUCCAAGAUAAUUUAGAUACCUGGUCCCCUGUGUGCGAUGGUUACUUGAACAACACACAUGCAGAACUUAUAUGCAACGAGAUGGGUCUGAGGGGUGGACACUAUUUUCCAUAUGUGAACCCCUCAUAUGGCCUUUUCCACCCACAGCAGUCGCCAUACAAGUUUGACCACUUCUCCUGCCAGGGAAACGAGGAUAUGUUGGGAGAAUGUAACUUUGAACCUGUUACAACAUGUGUACAGUACGCAAAUGUCAUUUGUAGCCCAAAUGAAUGUUACCUAGAAAAACAUACAGGGAUUGUGCUGAAUACACUUUCAUACCUUACUAUGACCACCAGUGAUUAUGAUGAAUGCAAUAAUGCGUGCCUGGAUAAUACUGAAUGUGUUGGCACCCAAUUCAUCGAGUCUGGAAACACAUGUUAUUUACUGUAUAGUAUUGCUAUUGAAGAAUCCAUCGAAGCUGAUGGACACAUUGUUAAUGUCAAGACAUGCCCAGUAACAUCACCGUGUGACUCACCAAGUUGGACGUAUCUUGGUAACCAUACCAACUGUGUUUACAUUUCUCAUGAAUCUACAAUGAAAACAGACGCUGCAUUCAAAUGUGAGAAAAUGGGUGGCAGAUUGGCUGAAAUUGGCGAUGAAGAAUUGCUUAUCGAAAUCAUGCCCCUUUUGGGUCCAGCCAACAAAUAUUGGAUUGGCCUAGACUAUUCUGAGGCAUCCUCUGGCCCAUUGUGGUCGAGUGACCAGACUUCUCCCGAAGCUGCAUUCCAAUUUGCUCAUAUUGACAGUUCAAAUAGUGGUGGUAGCUAUGUGUUUGAACGUGCUAAAACAAGGCAGAUGUCUCGUCAGGAUUCUGUUAGCACCUUCCCCUUCAUAUGCCAAGAAACAGGUGCAAUAGAGACCCAUGCAACAAAGAUGGCAGAAGAUGGUGCACCAAAAUGCCGAACGCCACCAGAGUUGCGAGUUAUAUGUGGAUGGCCAGACAUUGACAGCAGUCAGUGUUUGCUAAUUGGCUGUUGCUAUAGCGAUGAUGACGUAGGCAUAGGUGUUCCAAGUUGUUAUACUCAACAAGGUAUAUGUACCUCUUACAAAGGGUUCGUUGAUAUGAAGGGAAACAGUGGAGCAGUGCAUCAUGUCUUCGCAGAAACAAUUGAUAAUGACGUUUGGGUUUCAUUCGGGAAACAACAGAUUUCUGGUUGGAAUUUCAUUGACUCCACUGAAAAUACUGAGCAAAUGACUUUUCUCGAACAAAAUGAUAUGAACACUCUGAUAGAUUUACCAAAACAUGGACUUGAGGUUGAUACUGAUUUAGAUUUUAGACUGAAGGCAGAUAACAGCUUUAACCCGAGUUAUAUUACUGUAUCAGGUCUAGGUUCACCAGUAUCAAGUUAUGAUAUUAAGAUGAAUGCUGGCAACGAUAACACCUUGCUUGGGUAUGACACAAUGAGAGUGUCAUGUGCUACAAUUAGUCAUAGCUCUACUUCUUGUGGUCUAAACAACAAACCAGCCAACGAGUCAUCAACAUCGCCCUUAUUUAUUUGGGGAGGACGCUUCAGCCCGACUGAUGUAAACCUAGGCGCGAGCGCCCUCAACGAUAAUUGGAGUCGAAAUAUGUUUACUUGGAAUGUAACAAAGUAUGUUGUUAAACAGAAAGUAGCUUCGUGUCCAACGUAUGAAGAGUUUUGUUAUGUCCAAGACGGAGAAUACAAUCUGAUUGGCCAAAAUCUUGUACAAUCGCACAAUGUUAGUAUAGUUCACAUAUUGGAUGAUAUCGGUGCGUAUGACGUAUGGCUGGAGUUUGGAGUGGCAAACCAGUCGUGGACCUUCGAAGAUGAAAGCACGGAGAAUUUCACAGUUGAUUUACUGUCAAAUGUUGACUUAGAUUCAAUAAGAGAUUUCAACUUUGAGGACUUUAUGAUUUACAGUGACGUUAAGAUGUCAGUACAGACUGACGGGAGUCAGCAUAAAUCAAAUGUAUCAGGGCUCAUGUGGAAUUCCACUGGUAAACCAUUGGAACAUGGAGAGUACCUUUUUGAUACAUCCCCUACCACAGUUUUGAUUCAGCUGACCAAGGACAAGAAAAAACUGCGUUGCCAAGGAUAUCAUUGUGAAGCAGAAAUAGGGAUUACUAAUGGAACAUCGCCACCCAUUAUACUCAAAAGAAUAGGGAUGAUACCACAAGAUGGCGCCAUUGUGAUAGAUGGUGACUACACAAGAAAUAAAUACACGUUUAAAGGCAGCUACUAUCUCGUUCGGCUUAAGCUGCAGGACUGUCCUCAAAGUUGUGGACCAAGUGAGAACCUAACAAAUGGAUUCAUAGAAAGAACAGAUCAUAAAAUCAUUCCGGGAAGCAAUCUGACGUAUGCUUGCCAUUAUGGCUACGAUCUAGAUGGUAUUGCCACUAGAGAAUGCAGCACAGAUGGAGUGUGGGAGUCACCCAUGCCAUCAUGUAUUCCCAGAGACUGUUUAUAUCCUACACUGGGUGACCAACUCUACUCACUAUGGGAAAAUUCCAGCAUGCCACAACCAACAACAUAUGAAAACACUUGGAACUUAGCAUGUAAUCCUGGCUAUACACUCAUUGGGAAUGAUAGCAUAAUCUGCCAAGGAGACGCAAAUUGGACAAGCAUACCAUACUGUAAAAUAAAAGACUGUGGGAAUCUUCAUAACGGUAGCAUUAGAUAUGGUCAGAUCAGUGAUGGUUCGUCAAAUUUGACCACAUUUAACGAAAUAGUAUAUUUUGAAUGUGAUUUGAAUUACUUUAGUUAUACCCAGUUAACCGUUCAGUGUACGCAACAUGGCAAUUGGUCAGAUGUUGUGCCAGAGUGCAUUGCCAACUGUUCUGUCCCAAUUGUAGAAUUUGCUAAUGAAGACUACUCAAAUGGAAUACACAUUGAGGGGAUGAGUGUCAAUUUCACUUGUAUAACAGGGUUUAAUAUGACGGGGAAUCCCGAAUCUGUUUGCUUAGAAACGACAAUGUGGUCUGAACUUCCAGCUUGCAGCCCCCUUGACUGUCAAACAGCUCCUGUUAUCGACAAUGGUAUGCAUAGUUUUCUCAACCUUGAAGGACCCUAUCCAUAUAGUGGAGAAGCAGAUGAAACACUAUUCAAUGCUAUAUACCAGUUCACUUGUGAUGAAGGUUACGAAAAUUUAGAUAACGUUGAGAUGAAAUUCAGAUGUGACGCCAAUGCAUCAUGGACUCCCAUGCCAUAUUGUCAGCUAAAAGAUUGCGGUGGAUUUGGCAAUGUGUCAAAUUCUACAUACCAACCGGAAUCUCCUUCUACAACAUAUGGUAGCGCAGUUAUUUUUACAUGUGAUCCUGGUUUUGACAUGAAUCUUGAAGUUGUGCAGGAUGCUAUGACCCCUGCUGUACUUGCUGCUGAAUCACCCGAAACACCUCUCAUAGAAGACGGUACCAUUGUCUGCCGGUCCAAUUCCACGUGGAGCUCCUUACCAACAUGUGUCAUUAAGGACUGUGGAAAUGUAACUAUACUUAAUGCACACAGGACAGAUAACAAUCCAUUUACAACAGCCUUCCAAACAAUUCAAUUUGAAUGUGAUACAGGUUUUGAACUAGACAGUGACGGGUCUGUGACAUGCCUAGCUACUGGAAAUUGGAGUGUACUUCCUUCUUGUCAUCCCAUGAACUGCGGCCAGUUACCAAUUGUUGCGAACAGUUCAUUUAACUUUACAACAAUUCUACACUCCGCUGUUGAAGUAUAUUUCAAUGGCAGUGAUGACGGGAUGUCUCAUUAUGGGGCUCAAUAUCAAUUUUAUUGUGACGAGGGUUAUGAUCCCAUUGGAAACACCACUGUUGAGUGUAACUCAACGGGAUUUUGGUCAUCCUUACCAUAUUGCCAAAUAAGGGAUUGUGGCGCUCCUAAUACAGUUCAUAACUCAACUACAUAUCCAACUAACUUUUCAACAACAUAUUUAUCGGUUGUUACAUAUAUCUGUGACACUGGAUAUGAUAUGGUUGGAAAUGAGUCGAUUGAGUGCAUGUAUAAUACAUCGUGGACUAUUGAACCAUUGUGCAAGAUCAAAGAUUGUGGCAAUCCCGAAGGAAUCGACAAUGCAUUCCAACCUGAACUUGAAUUUGAAAAUACAACUGUAUAUCAAUCACUUGCCUUUUAUGAAUGCAACAUUGGAUACACUAUGUUUGGUAAUAAUACCAUUCGAUGUGAUGAAAAUGGUAAUUGGACAAAUGUACCAUUUUGUAAUCUAACGGAUUGUAACUCCCCACAUAAUAUCAAAAAUGGUACAUAUACAACUGUUGCAAUACGAUCUGAAUUUAACACUACCCACAAUGAAACAACCUCAGUGAAAAAUGACACAGCGUUGAUAGACGACCCUCCGUUGGAAACAACAUAUGAGAGCGUGUUCCUUUAUUCCUGUGACCCCGGAUUCAGUAUGACUGGAGACCCAUUGGUUGUGUGCAAUGAGACUGGUAACUGGUCUUCUAUUCCUCACUGUAUUAUCAAAGAUUGUCAGAAUCCGCCUCAUGUGAAUAACUCAGACAUACAUCCAAUUGGGGAUAACAUGACAACAUAUGGUUCAGUGGUUGAAUACGAAUGUCAUGUCGGGUACACAAUGGAAGGGAAUGCGACAAUAUUAUGUGAGGAUACGGGGACUUGGUCAAUGCAGCCGGUGUGUGAAAUUAACGACUGUGGUCCUUCAAGUAACAUAUCUGGAGGUAUGAACACAAUGCCGAAUGCAUCAACGGUAUAUGGGUCAUCUGUCAAGUACGUAUGUGAUCCAGGUUAUACAAUGUGGGGAAAUGAUACAAUCUAUUGUACGGCUAAUGGUACAUGGGAAGACUUUCCACUUUGUGAUCAAAUUGACUGUGGAGAGAUCAACAUUACAGGUGGCGUUGCUGAAUACAUGAAUGACAGCUACGUAGGGUCAUUUGCAUAUAUUUCGUGUUCUGUUGGUUAUGAGCUCAGUGGAAAUGGAACCAUGUAUUGUGAUAUUAACGGAAACUGGCAGGGACAUAGUAACUGCUCGAUGGUUGGCUGUGGUCGUCCACCAGAGGUGAAGAACGCUUUAGUUCGAAACGCGACCUCGCAUGAACAGUUCACCUAUGAGGAAAUAAUCUUAGGAACAGCAGACUUGACUACAAUGUAUGGCAGCCUUCUAGAAUACUUAUGUUUCCCAGGGUAUGACCUUUGGGGAGAUAGCGAGCUUUGGUGUCAACAAGAAGGCUUUUGGACUCCGACCCCUGAAUGCAACCCCAAGGACUGUGGCGAAGCAACUGUGGAAUUCCCACUAAUUGAAGAUGGAGGGGAUGACACAACGACUUUUGGCUCAAUAAAGAACUACACGUGUGCAUAUGGAUUUGAAAUUGCAGAGGAAGAUUUUAUGGUGUGUAAUGAGAAUGGUUCAUGGACUAAGACUCCCACUUGCCAACAGAUAUAUUGCACUGUCGACCCUGCUAUUUACAAUGCCACGUUUUAUAUCCUCCUUAAGGUCUAUUCAAUAGAUGUAGAUCGGAGCGAACAGGAAAUCAAAUACACCACCGAGAUGCCGUAUGAAACGUCUCCAAUGGGGGCAUACAAUUAUAGUACAUUUGGUAGUGGUAGUAAUGAAGAAUCUGUUUUUGAAUGGAGUGGAAGUGGGGCUAGCGGAAGUGGAAACAUGGGGGACAUUAAUUUUAUAAAGGCUGAAUAUUCAGGUGGCGAUGUUGGUAGUGCUGAUAGCGAACUUAUCAUUAUGACACCAGCGACAUCUUAUAUGAAAUACAAGUUUAUCAAGCUUGACAGCGAGAAUAUUACAACAAGCGUUGUCAAUCUGACAGUUGACAGCAUCGUAGUUUAUAGCUGCGUAGGCUCAGCAGUGAUGGUCGGGAGAAGCAAUAUGACUUGCCUACCAAACGGGACAUUAUCAAGUCCUCCAGAGUGUCUACCCAACUGUGGCCCCCCUCCACCAUACCCGUUCACCUCUUUCUCAUCUUCAAAAGGGAUCCAGCCAAAUGCAGCAGUAUCGUUGUUGGAUAAUUCGACAUUAUACCGCAGUGUUGCACAGUUCACAUGUACAACACGAUACUUCGGGGUUGCUGGAGUAGACAAAAUUACAUGCCGUCUAAGUGGAAAGUGGUCAAUUGAGGACAUCGUCAAAGAUUGUAAAUUUGUGAAUUGUGGUGACUUUCCAGAUGUAAAGAAGGCAACAAUCAUCCAUGAACCAAGAACGACAUAUCUCGGGGAGCAGAUACUCUAUGAGUGUUCUGAUGGUUUGUAUCUGUCACCUAAUAUGCCAGUUGUAUGCACUAAAUAUGGUAGGUGGGCCCCGAUACCGAAAUGUUACACAAGACUUCCCGAUCCUGUACAAACCAGUAAGCCAGAUGGCACUGGUGAGUUAGCUGAACGAGGUGGACCAUCACAAAUAAUACAAACAACGAAGAACCCAACUUCGGCGAUGACGACUACUGGAUAUAUAGAAACAAUUGAGACAACUACUGUGGUAACAAUCGCAUCUACUGAAGCUACGUCAACAUAUGUCUCCACAACAGAAGAAUUCUUUACUACCCCCGCCCCUGUAGAAGUUUAUGUUAGAGCCAAACGAGUGGAGUAUCCCCCAGAGGAAGCUAAGAAUGCAGAUACUAUAGGGUCGCCAUGGUUAUUUGUGAUCAUUGGUGUAUUUGCGUUUAUUUUUAUCAUCGACCUGCCAACGAUAGUCACUCACAUGAAAACUGCCGUCUGUGACAUCAAAUCAUAUAUAACAUAUAAGAAAGCGCAAAAAGCUCAAAUGAACAAUAAAGUUCACGAUUCUGUCAGUAAUUUAACUAAUAUAAAUUCCUCUAGUCAUGCAGCUGUAACUACCCCUCAUGCUUGAUUUAUAAGAAAUAUAGACCAAAGAGUA